GAUGGACCCCAACCAACACCAACAAGACCGAGACGGACCAGAUUUCAACAAUUACAAUUGUUUUCUUAACCCCAAAAUCCUUAUUUUGCUAUAUUAAACCAGAUCUGACGGAAAAAGCUAAACGUACAUCAGUAAAAUUGCAGUAUUAUAACAAUACAGGCAGGCGUGUAGGUAUCCGUCGACUUCGCCUGCUUGCAAUUGUCCCCGCGGCUCCUGACAGCUCGAGCGAUCUCCGUCAGUCAUUCAUUCCGCCUUUUCUCGAUUUUUCUCCGUCGGAAUCUACCGAACCGGCUCCAGCAUGUUCGAGGAGGCCAGUGAGGUGUUGGAGAACAUGCUGAAGUGGUCGUUCCCGUUGAGUUUGGUGCUGUUUUUGGUGCUGGUGUGUCCGCUCCGCGCGGAAGCGGCGCAUGAGUUCAGCGUGUACCGCAUGCAGCAGUACGACCUGCAGGGACAAACCUACGGUUCCCGAAAUGCCAUUCUAAACACGGAGGCUCGUACGGUGGAGGCCGAGGUGCUGAGCCGUCGAUGUGUGAUGAUGCGACUCGCCGACUUCUCUUACGAGAAAUAUCAGAAAGCGCUGCGACAGUCAGCGGGAGCCGUGGUCAUCAUACUGCCCCAGAACAUGUCCACUAUGCCGCAGGACAUAGUGCAGCAGUUCAUGGAGCUGGAGCCGGAGCUGUUGGCCACGGAGACCGUCGUGCCCGUGUACUUCGCUCUGGAGGACGAGGAGCUGCUGUCCAUCUACACGCAAACGCAGAUCUCCUCUUCCUCACAGGGGUCGUCUUCAGCGGCUGAAGUGCUGCUGCACACAGCGACAGCUAACGGUUUUCAGAUGGUGACCAGUGGAGCUCAGAGUAAAGCGGUCAGCGACUGGGCCAUAACUAGUCUAGAGGGUCGUCUCACAGGUGCGGGUGGAGAAGAUCUGCCUACUAUUGUCCUAGUGGCUCACUACGACUCUUUCGGAGUUGCUCCAUGGCUGUCGUAUGGCGCAGACUCGAAUGGGAGCGGCGUCGCCAUACUCCUGGAGCUCGCGCGGCUGUUUUCUAGACUUUACUCCUACAAACGCACUCAUGCAGGAUACAACCUGCUGUUUUUCCUGUCGGGAGGCGGCAAGUUUAACUACCAAGGCACGAAACGCUGGCUGGAGGACAACCUGGAUCACACAGAUUCCAGUCUGCUCCAGGACAACGUGGCGUUUGUUUUGUGUCUGGACACGCUGGGUAACGGCGACGAUAUUUACCUCCACGUGUCCAAGCCGCCAAAAGAGGGAAGCCCACAGCACACCCUGCUCAAAGAACUAGAGACUGUUGUGGCUGAUCAGCACCCCGACCUGAAGUUCUCCAUGGUCCACAAGAAGAUCAACCUGGCCGACGACACCCUGGCGUGGGAGCACGAGCGCUUCGGCAUCCGCCGCCUGCCCGCCUUCACCCUGUCCCACCUGGAGAGCCACCGCAGCCCCGCGCGCCACUCCAUCAUGGACAUGCGGUCAGUGUCGUCCUCUCUGGAGGGGGCGGGAGAGGCCACCGCUGGGCCUCACGUGGAUCUGACGAAGCUCGGUCGCAACACUAAAGUCAUCGCCGAAACGCUGGCCAGAGUCAUAUACAACCUGACAGAUAAGGGUGUCGGCGGAGACCUGGAGAUUUUCACUGAACAGAUGCAGGUGCAGGAGGAUCAGCUGGCGUCGCUGGUGGACUGGCUGACGGCCCAACCGCGAGCCGCCCAGCUGGUGGACAAAGACAGCAGCGUCGUCAACACGCUGGAGUAUCACCUGAACCGCUAUCUGAAGGACGUCAAAAGGCAUCUGGUCCGAGCCGAUAAGAGGGACCCUGAGUUUGUGUUUUAUGAUCAACUCAAGCAGACCAUGAACGCUUAUAGGGUAAAACCAGCCAUCUUCGACCUGCUGUUAGCCGUCUGCAUCGCGUCUUAUCUGGGAGUGCUGUAUUUGGCCGUCCAGAAUUUCGGUCUCCUGUACGGAUUCCUGCGUCGAGUCACGGCUCCUCGGGUCAAACAGCACUAACCUUUGACCGUCUCUUCACCCACCUGCAAUACGAGGGGCCGCCGGGGUCUCAGCAGAGCCAAGAGUGUGUUUGCUUUCUUUAUUUCACUAGUUUGAUUAAUUUACUGAUUUCCAUGCCAAGAGUUUCAUCCACUACAUCUCCGCUAGCCUUCAAGUCUUCCUUGUCUCAGCGUUGCCUCAUAUCCCCGAGUCCUUAAAAAUACAAUCCGCAAUUGUGCGAACAGAGUCAAUUUCAAUUUAAACCGCAAUUUCGGAUUGUACUUCUAGGCAGUGUUUCCUGAAAGCCUUUCCUCGUGUGGUUAUUCUUCACUGGCAGCUACUACAAAGUGGGCCAAAGUCGUUGCUGGUUUGUCUGUCGACAAGUCCGUCGACGCUCCUCAAUCUCGAACUGCUGAUUCUCCUCGGAGCGAGUAUUAUGUAUAUCGAUUAUGUGAUGUUUGGAAACCUGGCAUUUCAUGUUUUGCAUUUGCAUUGAUUCUUUAAUCCUAACAUUUUUUUCUCAAAAGACUAGCAUUAAUUCCAAGAUUCGAGACGUUUUGCAACUCCAAUUUCUUUAUUCAGCCCUACUUUUGACAUCCGUUGUUCACUUCUGCUUUCGCUACUUAUAGGGAAGCAGUGUGGUACAAAUUUGCUGUUAUUUAUGGAAGCUGAUAUGCUUCGACAUGCACUGAUUUUGUUUGGUUUUUCUCCAAUCAGAGGUACAUAAAAGGACAAAAAAUAAAGGUUUUUGUUGAA